UGUUGUUGUUUUGGUAGGGGGAUUCCCAAACACUUCUACUUUCUGAGAAUGUGAGCGCUGUUCAGAAAUUAGACUUUUCAGAUACAAUGGUGCAACAGAAAUUGGAUGAUAUCAAGGAUCGAAUCAAGAGAGAGAUAAGGAAAGAACUGAAAAUCAAAGAAGGAGCUGAAAAUCUAAGGAAAGUCACAACAGAUAAAAAAAGUUUGGCUUAUGUAGACAACAUUUUGAAAAAAUCAAAUAAGAAGUUAGAAGAACUACAUCACAAGCUACAGGAAUUGAAUGCACAUAUUGUUGUAUCAGAUCCAGAAGAUGUUACAGAUUGUCCAAGGACUCCAGAUACGCCGAAUAGUGACCCUCGUUGUUCUACUAGCAACAAUAGAUUGAUGGCCUUACAAAAACAAUUAGAUAUAGAACUUAAAGUAAAACAGGGUGCAGAAAAUAUGAUACAGAUGUAUUCAAAUGGUUCUUCAAAGGAUCGGAAACUCCAUGGUACUGCUCAGCAGCUGCUCCAGGACAGCAAGACAAAAAUAGAAGUCAUACGAAUGCAGAUUCUUCAGGCAGUCCAGACCAAUGAAUUGGCUUUUGAUAAUGCAAAACCUGUGAUAAGCCCUCUUGAACUUCGAAUGGAAGAAUUAAGGCAUCAUUUUAGGAUAGAGUUUGCAGUAGCAGAAGGUGCAAAGAAUGUAAUGAAAUUACUUGGCUCAGGAAAAGUAACAGACAGAAAAGCACUUUCAGAAGCUCAAGCAAGAUUUAAUGAAUCAAGUCAAAAGUUGGAUCUUCUAAAGUAUUCAUUAGAGCAAAGAUUAAAUGAACUUCCCAAGAAUCAUCCCAAAAGCAGUAUUAUUAUUGAAGAGCUUUCACUUGUUACAUCACCAACACUAAGUCCACGGCAAAGUGUGAUAUCUACACAAAACCAAUAUAGUACACUAUCCAAACCAGCAGCCUUAACAGGUACUUUGGAAGUUCGUCUUAUGGGCUGUCAAGAUAUCCUAGAGAAUGUCCCUGGACGGUCAAAGGCAGCAUCAGUUGCACUACCUGGCUGGAGUCCAAGUGAAACCCGAUCAUCUUUCAUGAGCAGAACGAGUAAAAGUAAAAGUGGAAGUAGUCGAAAUCUUCUAAAAACCGAUGACCUGUCCAAUGAUGUCUGUGCUGUUUUGAAGCUAGACAAUACUGUGGUUGGUCAAACUAGCUGGAAACCUAUUUCCAAUCAGUCAUGGGACCAGAAGUUUACACUGGAACUAGACAGGUCACGUGAACUGGAAAUUUCAGUUUAUUGGCGUGAUUGGCGAUCUCUGUGUGCUGUAAAAUUUCUGAGGUUAGAAGAUUUUUUAGACAACCAACGGCAUGGCAUGUGUCUCUAUUUGGAACCACAGGGUACUUUAUUUGCAGAGGUUACCUUUUUUAAUCCAGUUAUUGAAAGAAGACCAAAACUCCAAAGACAAAAGAAAAUUUUUUCCAAACAGCAAGGCAAAACAUUUCUCAGAGCUCCUCAAAUGAAUAUUAAUAUUGCCACUUGGGGAAGACUUGUGAGAAGAGCUAUUCCUACAGUAAAUCAUUCUGGAACCUUCAGCCCUCAGGCUCCUGUGCCCACUACAGUGCCAGUGGUUGAUGUUCGUAUCCCUGAACUUGUACCGUCAGCUAGUGAUUCUACAGUAACCAAAUUGGACUUUGAUCUUGAACCCGAACCUCCCCCGGCCCCACCACGUGCUUCUUCCCUUGGAGACAUAGAUGAAUCUUCUGAAUUAAGAGUUUUGGAUACACCUGGACAGGAUCCAAAAACUGUAUUUGAUGUUGAGAAUGACAGAAACAUUAUACUCCCAAAAUCUCAAUCUGAAUAUGAAUCUGAUACUCCUGAUUCAGGCCUGGGAUAUAGUGAUACUCGAGAACUUGAAGAUAGAAGAUCUCAGCAGAGAUUUCAGUUCAAUCUACAAGACUUCAGAUGUUGUGCUGUCUUGGGUAGAGGACAUUUUGGAAAGGUGCUUUUGGCUGAAUAUAAACACACAAAUGAGAUGUUUGCUAUAAAAGCUUUAAAGAAAGGAGACAUUGUGGCUCGAGAUGAAGUAGACAGCCUGAUGUGUGAAAAAAGAAUUUUUGAAACUGUGAAUAGUGUAAGGCAUCCCUUUUUGGUGAACCUUUUUGCAUGUUUCCAAACCAAAGAGCAUGUUUGCUUUGUAAUGGAAUAUGCUGCCGGUGGGGACCUAAUGAUGCACAUUCAUACUGAUGUCUUUUCUGAACCAAGAGCUGUAUUUUAUGCUGCAUGUGUAGUUCUUGGGUUGCAAUAUUUACAUGAACACAAAAUUGUUUAUAGAGAUUUGAAAUUGGAUAACUUAUUACUAGACACAGAAGGCUUUGUGAAAAUUGCUGAUUUUGGUCUUUGCAAAGAAGGUAUGGGAUAUGGAGAUAGAACAAGCACCUUUUGUGGCACUCCAGAAUUUCUUGCCCCAGAAGUAUUAACAGAAACAUCCUAUACAAGGGCUGUAGAUUGGUGGGGCCUUGGAGUACUUAUAUAUGAAAUGCUCGUUGGUGAGUCUCCCUUUCCUGGUGAUGAUGAAGAGGAGGUUUUUGACAGUAUUGUGAAUGAUGAAGUAAGGUACCCAAGAUUCUUGUCGACAGAGGCCAUUUCCAUAAUGAGAAGGCUAUUAAGAAGAAAUCCCGAGCGGCGCCUUGGAGCUGGUGAGAAAGAUGCAGAGGAUGUAAAAAAGCAUCCAUUUUUCCGGCUAAUUGAUUGGAGUGCUUUGAUGGACAAAAAAGUAAAGCCGCCAUUUGUCCCUACCAUUAGAGGACGGGAGGAUGUUAGUAAUUUUGAUGAUGAAUUUACCUCAGAAGCACCUAUUCUGACUCCACCUCGAGAACCACGGAUACUUUCAGAAGAGGAGCAAGAAAUGUUCAGAGACUUUGACUACAUUGCUGAUUGGUGUUAAUGUGCUAGAUACUGUGAAACCAUGCAGACCGACUCACAAGACCUCUUAAAAAUAGCAAUUCUUCAUUUGCUGUCUGUGCCACCAGUAGCUGGAGUUUUUUUUUUUUUUUAAAAAUGAAGAUUUCUUUAAAAGUACUCUAUUUUAAUACCUUCUUCAAAAGUGGCUUCUCGAUGUUUUUGAAAGUAAAUAUGAGCACUGGAAACAGUUUCAUGGAGUUUAGGCUGAAUGAGCAUUGGCCAUGAAAACCCAUCACAAAGGAAUACUUUUGGAUCAAUAGUCUUUUUUUUUUUUUUUUUUAA